AUGUCGUGGCUUAAUUUGAACCAGAGUUUAAACAGUCUGAAAGGGCAGAUUACAAAUAUCGCUUCUGAAGUAUUUUCUGAGAGCACUGUGCAAGAAGCAGGUGAUGAUUCUUUGAGAAAAGACCCAUCUGUGGUAGGACUAGAAGAAAAAUGCCAAAAUCUGGAGCUCGAGACUGUAUCUCUCAAGAAACUGGUCGACGAAUUGAAAGCUACUUUACAGUCUGAGAAGAGAAAAAAAGUUCUGGAAUAA